UUACAAAUAAUCAACAUAAGCUUAGUAACAAUGCAACUUUUCAAAAUAAUAAUACUUAUCAUUAUAUUUGUUUAACACCUGAAGUUGCUGAGGCUUCAACAACAACUGGUAUCUAUACAACAUCUUCAAAUUCUUCAAUAAAUUAUACUUCUACUAGAAAAAAUCUCUUAGCAACAUUCUAA